UAAAAAAAUAAGAGUACUUAAACAACUUGCUUUUAAGUUCUAGAUCUGGUGGGAGGAAAGCCAGGAAUCAAAUCUGAGUCUGACAGAGCUCAUCACUGUGGGACUUCCCCUGGCGUUGACACGGAAGCUGCUUUUGCUCCUCAGAAGCCUCCAUCAGAUGGCAUACCAUUAUUGACUUUCAGAGAUUAAAGCUUGUCCUAUGUCAGUCAGCAGAUGUGAAGUGGGUGCUGAAGCUUAUACAUCCCUGCUUCCAAAAACCUUGUAUUUCCACAGCAACUACUGAGAAGAUUUAGCAAUGCUAAGUGAGGCAUGUUCAGAUGACCAAAUAGCCAGCAAUAAUCAUAAAAGCACAUGACUAGCCCUCCACACUGUCACCUAUGUGCUUAGUAAAUACUGUUAAAAUAAGGAUGAAGGGCCCCGCUCUUGCUCUCUUCGUUCUAAUGGCUGUGGUGGAAGUAAGAAGCAGGCAGACUGUGAAACUCUGUGGCCUGGACUAUGUGAGAACAAUCAUCUACAUCUGUGCCAGCUCACGGUGGAGGAGACACCUGGAGGGGGCUCUCCACGAUCCACAAGCUGAGACAAGAAACCACCUCCAGUUCCUAGACAGACAGAAGACAUCUGAGGAAACUUUGGAACACAGCCUUCCCAAGAUGGAUCUCUCAGGACAGGAGCUUGUUCGAGACCCACAGGCACCCAUGGAAGGUCUUUGGGAACUGAAGAAGCACUCGGUAGUAUCCAGACGAGAUUUGCAAGCUCUGUGCUGCAGGGAAGGCUGUUCCAUGAGGGAGCUCAGCACCCUCUGUUAGGACACACCCAACCCUAUGGCAGGCUUUAGCCUAUCUUUUGAUGUUCUACUCAAGUUCCAUGUUCAGCUUCUAUCACUACGACCACGGCUUUUGGGUAGACGAUCCUUUCCUAAAAGGUCUAUUAUGGCUUAAAGCCGCUCUUCUCCCUGUGCAAAGGCCAACACACUCUUCUUUCUAAAUUCUAACUACUGCUUUGAAAUUUCAAGUGCUGCUCAAAAUUGCAAUAAAAAGUGCCUGAAUCCAA